GUCAAUUGUUGAUGGACACAAUCCAGAUAUCUCCGUAUUGUCCUCGUCUGCAGCUCCAGAAUAUCGCUUGAUCUCUCGAAGACGGCAAUUGCGUUCCUUGUCGGUCCCACACACGUCGUUUUAUGCACCAUGGCAGCUCCCGGGGGCAAGUUCUUUAUCCAGGAGAAUAUGAAGAAAGUGGCGCCGCACCACGAGAGCUGGGAGAAGCUGUGGGAGACGAAGUGGAAGUUUCCUGCUACCAUGGGUGUCUACCCGUUCAUGUUCGGUGCUGCGAAGGACUUCGAACCUAUCCUUGAGCGCAUGAAAGAGCAAGGUCUUAAGGAGCCGUACGACUGGGAUUCUUACCCGGACAACUUCUUUCCUAAGGCGGAAGAACUCGAGAAGAAGGCCCUCGAGGCGGAGACCGAAGGCGACUUGGAGAGGGCUGCCGAGUACUACUUUAGGUCUUCUGCUGUGUACAGAAUAUCCCGGUUCCCGGCCCCAAGGUCUGCAAAGCAGCGGAAGGGCUGGGAUAAAUCCAAGGAGGUCGUGUUGAAAGGGUUAAAGUAUUCCUGUCGCACGAUUGGUGCUACUGACUUUUUGCUAAUGUGCUCUAGACUGAGAGGCGAACUUGGGGGAUUCUCACCCGUCCACGAAGUGCAGAUCCCCCACAAGCACAAGGCUGGAAAUGAUAAAGACAUACUCCCGGUCUUCGUUCAGAUUCCAGACGGUGCAACAGAAGGGAAGCCUGUGCCCUGCGUCAUCAUUGUCACUGGCCUCGACGGAUAUCGGACGGAACUAUGUGUUUGGGCAGAAGGCUGGCGAAGAAACAACGUCGCCACAAUUAUCAUGGAGAUCCCGGGAACUGGUGACUCGCCUGCCGAUCCCCUUGAUCCGAACAGUCCGGACAGAAUGUGGUCUACGCUGUUCGAAUGGAUCGACACGCAGGAUACAAUUGAUAGUCGGAAGCUGUGCACUUGGGGCUUUUCAACAGGUGGCUUCUAUACAACGAGAGUUGCAUACACGCACUACGAGAAACUUCUUGGUGCGGUCAAUCUAGGGGGUGGAAUGCAUCAUAUGUUCGACCCUGAAUGGCUAAACGAGGUGAACCAUCUCGAGUAUCCGUUUGAUCUCGCAAACACAUUAGCCUACAAGUGGGGGUACGGUAACGACGUCGAGACCUUCAAAAAGGAGGCCUCAGACAAAUUCUCGCUGCUUAAGGAUGGAACGCUCGAUAAGCCCCAGUGUGCACGUCUUCUUCUCGUCAACGGUACAGAGGAUGAAAUCUUCCCUAUCGAUGACUACUAUUUGACGCUGCAACACGGUCCGCCCAAGGAAGCACGCUUCGUGACAGGUAAGAAGCACAUGGGUGAACCUGAUAGUUUCUUCAUCAUCUUGAAUUGGAUCUACAAGCUCUUUAACCUGGAGGCAGAUGCUGGUCAGCAGCUGAGCACUUUGCCAUUUAAAAGCAAAUUUCCAUAGCCAGACAGCAUAGACAAGACUAUAUAAGCGACGAUAAUGAUAAUAAUGAUGAUGAUGUUGUUGUUGUUGCUGUUGAUGAUGACGACGGUAGCAAAGGCCAGUUUGGAUCGAUUACGAGCUAAAUGAACUUAGAGCGAAGAAGGAAUGAUGAAUUUUCAGCC